GCGGCGUUGGACUGGGGCUCCCGCCGCUGAGCAACCAGGCCGGCCGGCCCUGCCUGUGCCCCCCGCUCCGGUCCGCCUUCCUCCUCCUCCUCCUCUUCCUCCUCCUCCCGCGGUGCCAUGAUGUGAGCCUGGCGCAGCCUGGCCGCUGCUGCUGCUGGAUCCAUCCCACCGCGCGCCCCUAGAAUGUGGCUGGGCCCCGCGGCGGCAGCGGUGGCGGCGGGGAGCCCGGGAUCGGCGGCGCCAUGGCCCGCUACGACGCCGGCGGGAGCCCCCCGCAGCAGCAGCAGCAGCAGCAGCAGCCGGCCCUCUCGUCCAGCUGGCCGGCCUUGGGGCCCCGGCGCCGGAGCGUCUGGUACAUCUACAGUGACUACAUCAUUAAAGAGAAGACGGUGCUGCUGCAGAAGAAGGACAACGAAGGAUUUGGCUUUGUGCUGAGAGGAGCCAAGGCGCAGACCCCCAUUGAGGAGUUCACACCCACACCUGCCUUUCCUGCCUUACAGUAUCUGGAGUCAGUGGAUGAAGGAGGCGUGGCCUGGCGUGCGGGUUUACGCAUGGGAGACUUCCUCAUUGAGGUCAAUGGACAAAACGUGGUGAAGGUCGGUCACCGGCAGGUUGUCAACAUGAUCCGACAAGGUGGCAACAACUUGAUGGUGAAGGUCGUUAUGGUAACCCGAAACCCAGAGAUGGAGGAGGCCAUGAGGAAGAAAGCGGCACCGCAGCAAACAAGGCGACUCCCCCCGCCAGCCAUCUCCUUGCGCUCCAAAUCCAUGACAUCUGAGCUGGAGGAAAUGGUGGAGAAAGUCUCCCCAUGGAAGAAGAAAGCAGAUUACGAGCCAGCGAUGGGCCCUGACAAGAAGCGGACGGUCUAUCAGAUGGCUUUGAACAAACUGGAUGAGAUCCUGGCUGCAGCUCAACAGACCAUCAGCGUGGGGGACGGGUGUGGAAGUGCAGGGCUUCCUUCCUUGGGGAAAUCCCGGGGCACCGCCAAGGGUUAUUUCUCCUCUGAGCCCAGUUUUGACCAGCACCGCCUUGGCCAAACCAGUUACGAGCGCCCGUCAUACUUACCAGCCAGUCACCCACCGGGAAUGAUGCUCCGCCAGAAAUCUAUCGGAGCCGCUGAGGAUGAGAAGCCCUACCUCACUCCCCCUCCUAUGAAGUUUAGCCGUAGCCUUUCAGUCCCUGGUUCCGACGACAUCCCCCCACCUCCUACCACCUCCCCACCCGAGCCCCCAUACAGCACGCCCCCCUCAGCAUCCGGACGUGUGACCCCCUCAGCCCGCUCCACCUUCAACCCCAGCGCUGAAGCCAAGCUGUAUUCAGCUUCCCUCCACCAGGAGUCGUACGAGCCUCCCUCCCGCCCCAGCGCGCGCGACAAGAUUUCCCUUUACCGCCAAGAAUCUGAGCAGGGGGCCGAGGGAUCCACCGCCCGUGGCUGGCGAGGCCACACGCCUGACCUCCGCUACUACAACCUGCCCCCGCGGGCGACCAACACCGCCAUGUACGUUCCCACCAAACCCAUGCGCAGGAAGGGACCGCUGGUCAAGCAGACCAAAGUGGAGGAUGAGCAGCGUCAGCAGCAAGGUGCCGCUGCCUCUCAGAUGCAGGCGUCCUCUGCACAGGCCCCGUCGUCUGCCCUGCCCGAGAAGAGCUCCAUCCCCAUCCCCACCAUAAUAAUCAAAGCCCCCUCGACCAGCAGCAGCGGACGCAGCAGCCAAGGGAGCAGCAUGGAGGCAGAGAGUCAGCCGGAACCCGCAGUGCCUGUGCCGUCGCUGCAGCUCCACAACAGCAUGGAUUUCACAAGCCAGUUUGGAGCCGCCUUGGUCGGGGCCGCCCGACGGGACCGUGAAUGGUACAGCGAGGCCCGCCGCAAGUCGGCUCUCUUCCUCUCCACCGAGCAGCCGGACAGCGAGGCCCAGCAGACACCCAUGCCCCGUCUCCGCCACUCCAAAUCCAUCGAUGAAGGCAUGUUCUCCAGCGAGCCAUACAUCCAGCUGAACAUGGUGCCCGGCUACGGCAGUUCCAGCGGUGCCAGGAGCACCUCUGCUUACCUCCAGUCUCGCACCGCUAAAGCGUAUGGGGCCAGCACCACCAGCGCCUUCACCUCGGUGUGCUCCAGUUUCCUGCCACAGCUGCAGCCACAUCCCGCGCCUCUCAUUCACCCACUGACUGGCAAGAUUUUAGAUCCCAGCUCCCCCCUGGGGCUGGCGUUAGUGGCUCGCGAGCGGGCACUGAAAGAGUCCCAGUCCCAGCAGGAGAGUCGAGAGGAUCGGCAUUCGCGUCCGUCCUCGCCGAGGUUCGGCGAUGCUCCGAAAACUCCCGAAUCCCCCGGCAGCUCACUACUGCGCCUCUGGGGGACUUCAGAGCAGCAGCAGCAGCGGCCUGCCUCUCCACGGAAAGACCUAGAGAGCCCUCGGCGUCCGUCCCCCGAACAGCCCCCUCCGACCCCUACCAAAGCAGCUCCUUGGGAGAAAACCCCCGAGGAAGGGGAGAAGCUGGAGCUCCACGUGCGUUUUGUGGAGAACUGCCGUCCAAUGGAGGAGGAGGAGGAGAGGGUCCGCGAAGGGGGGAAAGUUGAGGUGGCUGCGCCGCCACCACCCCAAGAGCGCGUUGCAGAGGAAAACGGGCUGCCUCUGCUUGUGUUGCCCCCUCCUGCCCCUUCCAUUGACGUGGACGAUGAGUUUGUCUUCACUGAGCCGCUCCCGCCACCCCUCGAGUUCUCCAACAGCUUUGAUAAGCCCGAGUCUCCUCCCAAAGCUACCAAUGAACUACCCCCAGCAGGGGCCCCUCCGGCCCCUCCCGCUGCUCCUUCCACCUUAGACUCCACGGCCUCCAGUUUGACCUCCUAUGACAGUGAGGUGGCCACCUUGACCCAAUCCGGAACAGCAGAAACCAAGGAAGCCCCCCACGUCAACUUCUCUUCCGUUGUGUCGUCCAUCGCCAUCCCCGCAGCGGAGGCCCCCGAAGCCGUGACCGACUCCGGCAUCGAGGAAGUGGACAGCCGCAGCAGCAGCGACCACCACUUGGAGACCAUCAGCAGCGUCUCCACGCUCUCCAGUAUGUCCGGGGAAGGCACGGAACUCUUGGACACCUACAUCACUUAUCUGGACGGGCAGGUGUUCGGGGGAAGCGGCGCGGGAAGCGGGGGCGGCGCCGAGAAGAGCCCACUGCAAACCAAGCUGCGCUCUCGGCCGUUCCCGGGCCGCUUGCCGGUGGCCACCCCCACCAGCUCCACCAUCUCAGUUUCAGCCUGUACUGAGAACAUGUUCGCCCUCACACCAGCCCCGCCCUACCACCAGCAGCCAGCCGCCGCCGAGCCAGGUAAAGAGCUGCAGCGGAAAUCUCCGACGCUGCCGUGGGAGGAGCCCAAGGCCACGCCCAUCUCCACCAUGAAGGCCAGCAUCAUCAGCGAGCUCAGCACCAAGCUGCAGCAGAUGGGCGGGGUGUCGUGGUCGCGGCCGCCUGACGCAGUGGCUCCCUUUGGUUCCGAGCGGCCCAGCUCCCUACAGAGGCAAAGGCUCCCUGACGAGACGUCCCCGUCACUGAUCUCCUCCAAGCCUGUAAGCAGCCUUUUCCACAACUGGCCUAAGUCCCCCCAGGGCAAGCAUCCCAAAAGUGUGGAUUUUGACAUCCGCCCAGCCCUGCGGCGUGCCCCGAGCCCAGCUGCCCUGCCCAGUGAGCACAAGAUUAGCCCUGCUCCCCGGCCGUCCUCCCUUCCCAUCCUGCCUUCGGUGCCCAUAUACACAGGGGUCUUCGAUCUCCGCAGUUCACCCACUUCCGGUGGGGAGCACCCUUUCCCCGGCUUCCCCUCGGGCAGCCGCUCCCUGUCUCCCACCCACUUCCUGCCGCCCGCCACGGACAAGCCGUUUGGCUCCAAGCCGCUGCCUUUCUGGACCAAGUACGACGUGGCCGACUGGCUGGAGUACCUGAAGCUGGGGGAGCACCGGGAUCGGUUCCUGGACAACGAAAUCGACGGUUCCCACCUGCCGUCCCUCACGAAGGAGGAUUUCAUUGACCUGGGCGUGACACGAGUGGGGCACCGCAUGAACAUCGCCCGAGCCCUCAAGUUCUUUCUGGAGAGGUGAUGGGGGAAAACGUCCCUGCCCUAGGGAACCUGUCACCUGAAUGUACAAUGGACCUCCACCGCUGGGGAGAAAAAAAUACGAGGUGGAGGGGAUGCAGCUGCGGGGCUGGGCACAGGGGAAGCCGUAAGGAGAGACCCUGUGGGUGAGGGUAAGUAGGGCAGGGAGAAGAUCCCCCCCACCCCCCGCUUGGCAGAAAGAUGCUUUGAGAAGCUCACCAAAGCCUCCCCACGCACCCUCACUUCUGUGCACUUUCCUCUUGCGUUGCCAUGUAGCAGUUGCUGGUUUUGCUCAUCCGAUUGCUGGUGCUGGCACAGCGUGCGAACCUGUGUGCGCAAUGUCAUUUCUCUCUCCAUCUAAUCUUUUCGCUCUUCCAGUGGUUUAACAGUUUGUUCCAACACUCUCAUGGCUUGUCUCACGGGUGUCUGCCCCCCCCCUCCAUACGGUACGGCAGCUUACACCUGCCCCGCCUCCCAUCCUCCACGUUGCUUAGUGGCCGUCAUUUCACGCUUUGCCAUUCAGACAUGCUUGUACGUUAAAUCCAUCCAGCUGCGUUAACAGCUUGCCCUGUGUGUAUUCGCAAUUACCCAAAGUUGUUAAAUACUCUGCAUUUUAAAUAACCCCGACAAAACCAUGUGAAGCUAAAUUUGGUUUAUCUGUGUAAAUUUUGGGCCUGACUAUAGAGAUUUCAUUGUCAGUCUUAUUUUCUCAGUCAGAGGAUCCAGAGUAGGGGUGUCCAACCUAUGGUGCCCCAGAUGUUCAUGGACUACAAUUCACAUCAACCCUUGCCGGCAUGGCCAAUUGGCCAUGAACAUCUGGAGCACCAUAGGUUGGCCACCCCGAUCUAGAGACUUUCAGUCUGUUUUGAGAAAUGAUUUUUUAAAGCUAAGAUUUUCAAUAGGCGGUACCAAUUUAUAUUGUCAAAGGCUUUCACGGCUUGAACCAACAGAUUUUGUGGGUUUUCUGGGCUAGAUGGCUGUGGAGCAAAAACUACCAGACCACAGCUACACGGCCCAAAAAACUCACAACAACUAGUAUGAGACGGUUCAAUGCUGAAUUGCAUACAACCAAAGCACAUGCAGCCCUGACUCUUAACCUGAGCAAGUUAAUGGCUUGCCCUGUUAUGUCACCUGGAUACCACCUGCAGCUGUUAUGUUGUGCCCUAGCUUCUUAUUUCUACAUCUUGAAUGUGCACUUGAGUCUUGAAUAAGCAUCUUGCCAGCCAUAGAUGCAGGCGACACAUUAGAAGCAAAAAGUACCAGCCCACAACCACACAGCCCAAGAAACCCACCAUCUAGAAGAUCAUGAUGAGAAAGUUAUUUUAGCUACAGACUCUGAUAGGCCGACCAUGUGUUCCUCAGCAGAGUCGCAUCCUUCUGUGUCCCUGGAAGUCGACAGAGAUAGAAAGAGAUAACUCUGCUUAGGGCUGAAAUGCUGGACUACAUUCAGCAGAAGGAAAUGAUGGAAUGGACAGUAUCGCUUCAGUCUGUAGAUGGGAGGUGACAGAUUUCAAUGUUCUUUUGCAUCCAUAAAGGAAACUAGCUCAGCGUACCCUUCUGAAUGAGGUUUGGCGUGUGGGGAGGGAGGAAGAUUUCGCAUGGGUGUGCAUUGCAAAUGUGAUUGCCACCACCCCACAAUCUAAUUCCCUACUUUACUAUGGCCCUUUCCGCACAUGCAGAAUAAUGCACUUCCAUUCCCCUUUCAGUGCACUUUGCAGCUGGGUUUUACUGUGCAGAAUAGCGAGAUCCACUUUCGAACCAUUGUGAAACUGGAUUGAAUGUGCAUUACUCUGGAUGUGCGGAAGGGGCCUACGGGAGUGUAGGCUUAGUGAGUUGCAACUCCUCUUGGGAUAAAUUCUGCAUUUUUCAGCGAUAUGUUUUGCGGCGGCUUCACAGAGAGGAAGCCAUGCUUUGCGAUCAGUUUCAUCCCAAGAAUUCAGCAGUAGAUUGGGCCCAGAGAUCAAGUGAGAAAUAAAUGCUGUUGUGGGUUUUCUGGGCUGUGUGAUCGGGAUCUGGUAAUUUUUGCUCGUAGCAUGGUUAGGAGCAGGUGCACUCUAAUCUGGAGAACUGGGUUUGAUUCCUCGCUCUGCCACUUGAG